CGGACACGCUGCACCGGCUGCAGGAUUUACUGCACAGAGAGCAGAAGACUGUGUGAGUUUUACGCUGAACUGGACCAAUAACAUCUGCAAAAAUGGUUGAUGCUUUCUGCGCUACAUGGAAACUGGUGGACAGCCAGAACUUUGAUGAUUAUAUGAAGGCACUUGGUGUUGGUUUUGCCACAAGACAAGUGGGCAAUGUCACCAAACCAACAGUGGUGAUUAGCAAAGAUGGGGACAAAGUGGUGGUGAAAACCCUGAGCACCUUCAGAAACACUGAGAUCUCCUCCAAACUGGGAGAGGAGUUCGAUGAGACCACUCCUGAUGACCGUCAUGUCAAAUCCACUUUCACCAUGGAGGGAGACAAGUUUGUGCAAGUGCAGAAGUGGGACGGCAAAGAGACCAGAUUUGUCAGAGAAAUCAAGGAUGGGAAGAUGGUGAUGACGCUAAGCUUUGAGGGAGUCCAGGCGGUCCGCACAUAUGAGAAAGCCUAACUUUACUUCCCACCUGAAAGAGCAAAUCAUCCCAGCACUGCGAAUGAUCAACAAGGUGUUUUCCUUUUUUUUUUAAAGGAAAAAAACUUAAUACAUUGUUUCAUUGCAUGCAGUGAUUUGUACUCAAUUUGUUGUAACAUGAGAUAAAUAUUUUACGGGACUCUUUUGUAAGCUCUUUUGUAUGAAACUCAGACAGUGAAGGACCUAAAGUGUUUUAAUUCUGUGUCGCAUGUGGAAAAAAAGGGAAAAUAAACGACUGAACUACA